AUGACAGAACAAAUCCUAAAAGCAGUGUUCGUAGAAUACUACUACACGAAUAUGGCCUAUUGUCCGGAAGAACUUCAGAAUAUAUAUGGGGAAAACUCGAUUAUGUGUAUUUAUGACACGCAAAACAGAAAUGAGCAAACGUACACUGGAAAAGAGCAGAUAGCCAAAGGUAUUCAACAGUUCAAUUUAUAUAAUGCGGUUGUGAACAUUUCGAGCGGAAGCACAAGUUGUGUGUGUUUUGGAGAGAAGCAUUACCUUCUCUCCGUGAAUGGUUUACUCACAAUCAAAGGAGAAACUCGCUAUUUUACCCAGAGUUUCAUCUUAGAGAAACUAAAGGACACACCCCGCGUUUUCUACAUUCGAGCUGACACACUUUCUCUCCUCGUCCCCCAAACUCUGUCCGACAAGAACGCCAUCGAGUUCUCCGCGGAUCUCGCUCAGGAAGCAAGCUCUGCUCCCUCGGAACGGGAGCCUCGCCGCGUGGCAGACCAUGCAAAAACACAAGAGCGAAAGAAAUUCGUCCAUCGCGAUAACCAUCGGGAUGAUCGCGAUGACACGCGUCCUCGUGAGAAUUCGUCGCGUCCACUGUUCGAAAUAAUCUUCGUGAAGAACAUUCCCGAUGAUUGUACGGAGAGCAGUCUGAUCGAAGCGUUCAACGAGUUUGGCGAAAUCAACCAGAUCAAGAUCUUCGAGGGGAAGAAGUACGCGACGGUGAGCUUCAACAAACAAAACCGCGAUUUCAAUUCGCACGAAGUGUACGAUAGGAUCGAGGCGAGCAAGAAGGAGAUUCUGGUGUGCGGGAGAAGCGUUCGCAUUGAGCCUUUCAUCUGUACGUGCCGAGCUGGCGCAUUACACGUAGUGAACCAUAAAAAGCAGAACUAUGAUCGGUACCACGGAAACAAUUCGCGAGAAUACGCGCGACAGGAGAAAUAA